UUGCCUUCCUUUCUUUCUUUCUCUCUCAGGAAAUGGCUGAUAAAGUUCUUGAUUUUCUUUUGGAAGACUUGAAACUGAUAGUUAGCAAAAAAACCUGCUUUAUUAUUAGUGACAUGGAUCAAAUCAAAUCAGUUUAUGACGAUUUUACUUUCGUUCUCAAGCAGUUGAAGGAUGAUCACAAUGGAGAUUGUUUCUUGGAACAGGUGAAAGAUUUGGCUUCUGAGGCACUAGAGGACCUCGAUUCAUUUAUUAUAAAUGUAAUCUUGAAAGAGGAUGAAGAAAUGUGUGGGAAGAUCUACCAUGCAUUUGAUCCUCCAAAGAAGCUCACAUAUUUUGCAGAAGCAAUCAACUCCGUUAAGAAGAAGAUGGAAAAGGAUCCUCAAGCUGUUUCAAUGCCAAUACUGGAAGUUUCUACUCAAAGUUUAUCUGAAGCAAUCCGGCCGCAGGUAGAGUACGAUGAAGUUUUCAUGGGGUUGGAGGAUGACAUAGCAAAAAUAAAAGAUCAACUUACUGGAAACCGAAAGCAACUACAAGUUAUCUCAAUUGUUGGCAUGGCUGGAAUCGGUAAGACUACUUUUUGUAGACGUCUUUGCGAUGAUGAUUACAUUGUUCAUCACUUCUAUAUUCGUGCAUGGACUUGUGUAUCUCAAGAAUAUCGAAAGAGGGAUUUGCUGCUCUGCCUUUUGAGUUGGAUUGUGGAUAAGGAUGAGAUACAGUCACUGAGUGAGGACGAACUUGUGAAUGUAUUGUAUAAAUGUUUGAAAGGUAAAAAGUAUCUAAUUGUUAUGGACGAUGUUUGGGAUAUAAGGGCUUGGAAUGAUUUGAAAAUGUUAUUUCCAGAUGACAACAAUGGAAGUAGAAUUAUAAUUACUUCCCGGUUAAAUGAUGUAGGUUCAAGUAUCAGACGGGGUAGUACCACUCACAGUCUGCGGUUUUUAACUGAAGAUGAGAGCUGGAAUCUAUUGAAACAUAAAGUGUUUAAGAAAAGUGAAUGCCCUUCAGAAUUAAAUGAAGUUGGAAAAGAGAUCGCGGCAAAAUGUCAAGGGCUACCACUAACCAUCGUUGUUGUAGCCGGAUUACUUGCCAAGAAUGAGAACCGCGACUGGUGGAAGCAACUUGCUGGAAGUUUACGUUCUGUUCUUGCUAAUUCUGAGCAAAUCAUAAACAUACUAGCACUGUGUUAUGAGCACUUACCUCCUCACUUACAAUCCUGCUUCCUGUAUUUUGGAGCAUUCCGCGAAGACAGCGAUAUUUUGGCAUAUAGGUUGAUCAGGUUAUGGAUAGCUGAAGGGUUUAUUUACCACGGGGAGCAGCAGCAAAUUACUGUUGAAGAAUUAGCAGAGGACUAUUUGAAGGAUCUAAUUAAUAGAAAUCUAGUGGUUGUAUCCAAGAAGUCAUCAAAUGGAGGAAUUAGGACGUGUCGUGUACAUGAUAUGUUGCGUGAAUUAUGUCUGAGAAAAGCCGAGGAAAAGAAAAAUGACUGGCACAAACGAGUUGCUUCUUCAUCAACUCCUAUCUCAUCAUCGAACAAGCUAUGCUUCCAUUCUCAUGGCUUCCACGACUUGUCUGAAAACGCUUUAUGCACAAACAUUCGCUCUCGUUUCAGCUAUGCCUCUGAAAAGAGUCCAGUGAUCACUAUGAAAUCAUUUGUGUAUAAAUUUCUUUGGGCCUUGAAUCUAUGCUACAUCUUUCUGGAGGGCUUCCCGCUCGAAAUAUUACAGCUAUUUCAUCUGAGGUUCUUAGAGCUUUGGAUUAAACACCUUGACAAGCUGCCACCAAAGAUAUCAAACCUAUGGAACCUAGAAUCUCUUGUUAUUACCAAAGAAGACUGGAGUAGAGUUAUUAUACCAGUUGGGAUUUGGAAGAUGUUGAAGCUCCGGCAUAUACGCAUUUCAGAAGAAAUUGAAAUCGAGGCACCUUCGUCCAAUAGUGGGGGUCCCUAUCUGUUGAAUGAGUUGCAAACUCUUUCUGCCCUUAAGCUACCUCAUUCAGGCAAGGAUUCUGAGGAUAUCUUGGCAAGGACUCCAAAUCUUAGGAAACUGACAUUCUAUCGCGGUCCACGUACGGAGGGAAGUUUUUCUGUUCCUAAUCUGGCUAAUCUUAGUAAUCUUGAAUCCUUGAAGUUGAGUGUAAAUAGUUUGAAACCUACGUACUCGAGAAUUCCCCAACCGGAUAAAUUUCCGAAAAACUUGAAGAAGCUAAUAUUAUCAGGUGGACACUUCAAAUGGAAGGAAAUAUCAAAACUUGGCAAGUUACCAAGGCUGGAGAUUCUAAAGUUGAGACGCAAUUGCUUCAGUGGACAUGUGUGGAAGACUAAUGACGGAGAGUUUUGCCAACUCAAAGUCUUGAAGCUCUCAUGGAUGAACCUCGAGCAAUGGAUAACAUGUACUAGUCACUUUCCCAACCUUGAAAGGCUCGUGGUAGAAAGAUGCAAAAAUCUUAUUGAAAUUCCUGCCGUCCUAGGAGAUGUUCCUACAUUAGAAAUGAUUGAGGUACUAUGGUCCAGCAGCUCAGCAGUGGAUUCUGCAAAACAAAUACAUAAAGAUCAAGUGGAAAUAGGAAAUGACGGACAGAAGGUCAUUACUAAUUCAUCAAGCAAAAAGGAGGUGAUGGAUAUCUUAACAAAUUAUGCGCCCAUGCCUCAUGAUGUCUAUGAACAAUGUCCUAUAAUGUAAAUUGUGAAGUAGGAUUCCAACAUCUCUCUUAAAUAUUGUUGCAUGUUGUCACACGUGUCCUACCCACCUGGACCAAUGGCCCUCAUCCUGAUCCACGUGGCGUUCCCGCCGAGGUGGCACAAUAUUGCCGAGGUGGGUUAUAUCCGAAGUGCUUCAAGCCGAGAUCCAUCCGCCGAGGCUCCUCGAUCCGAUGUAUGCAAGUCUGUCGAAGUCCAACUACCAAGGCCCAUCCUCAGGUGGAAAUAUUUGUCAAAUGGUCGAAACCCCGAAGCUGACGUACGAGCCUCUUAACCACAAGAAGCUUCCUCCACGGUCACUUCUCCCAAGAGAUCGCCUGCUCAGAGAUCUUAUUCG